AUGGUUUAUCCCACGUACUUUGAAGGUCACAUCAUAAUUACACCAAACCUGCCUGAAGAACUGCUGAAUACUGUCAAUGCACUCAGUAGCGGCAUAAACAACGUAUACGGGGAAGGCGACACGCAUUCAUUCGACGGUAUUGUUCAUCACUUGCGCGGCUGGCCGAAACCGUUAGAAACGUCAUUUAACAGUACUCUUUGCAACAAGCACGACAAAAGCAUCUCGUAUUUCGAGCUUAAACAGUAUGGCGUCACCAAAGUACCGUCUAACAUAUGCCACUGGAUUCUUGUGAAUACCUAUCGAAACAAACUGAACAAUAAUAUCGACGACGAAAGCGACAUUUCUUGUCAAGAAGAAGAACGAGAUGAAGAAGUGGAGACCACACUUCAGUGGAACGGCACAAAGAAUUUCUAUGAGUACAUCUUUUGGAUGCAAUAUCUCGUCGAUUUUGUAACCCUGUAUGCGAAGCACCAGUUCAAUAUUGACAUUGUGAAUUUUCAAGGAUCUAUUGUUUGGAGAGGAGAAAGCUUUCAGCGUGAUUCCCAAGAAGACUGUGGCACAAUUCGAGUUGAGCGCCGUGCGCUUCCAGAGGUGACGGGCUUCUAUCCAGAUGAUUUUCUUCCGUUGCCGACAACACCAACAAACGAGGAAGCUACCCGAGCGCUAAUAUUUCCUUUACGUAAAAUACCACUUGUCAUACCACCUACUCCCAAAGGCGCACCGUUCAAAUCACUGUUUGGCGUAAAAGCCACUAUCAGCUACCGAAAGCCUUUACAGAUCUGCAGUCUGGGCAUGCUCCGCGUGGAUGGCGGUGUAAGUCGUGGGCAGUAUGCCUUGCUUUUGGACAAGCAGCCCAGUAAACGCGACGGGGCUACAAUUACCUUCCACCUACACCACGAAAGAUCGCAUGCCGUCUAUAACAAGAACGAUCCAGAAAUGAAGUGCACCUUCUCUCGAGAGGAAAGGCUGGAAUUUGGCGAUCAAGCAUAUCAAGAAUGGUUUACUACGAAAGCUAUUGCAACCACAAUGACCCCGAGAAGAAAGGAACUCAAGAAUCUUGCAGCAAAUAUGAUUGUAAAUUCACGGCAGCAACAAGGACGAAAAGAUACUGCUACUCCGCAGGUCGUAGACGAGUUGAACUCGUAUAUCCAGAGAUUGAAGCUGUCGGAAGCGUAUCGCAACUGCACAGGAUGCGGUAGUUUAUUCGAAGGCCCUGCUUAUCAAAUCGCAGCGUGGAACUGGCCGCAUGGUUAUGCUCAUGCCCAUGCUUACGCCAUCUAUUCACCAGCCUGCAGUAAUGGUAGAUUAUAG